UCACCAGUGUCGACAGCAGACAAUGCGUCCGGUUAGCGCAGUUCCACCGCUUCUGGCCCUGCUGGUAGCGAAUGGGACCUCGGUGCUAGACUGUCUCUGCACUCACCUCAAGAACUCAACCGGCCUCAACAGGGGAAGGAGACUUCGCGACAGUGAAUACGAGAUAUGGUCGGGGUACUGCCAAAAUUUCCGCUACUACACUCUGACCGGAACGCGUGGGACGCUGGAGCCGCCAUCCGCCGCGGUGCCAGCUGUGGCCCGCCUGGCAGCCAGCAUCUCCAGCUACGGACGGCCGCAGCCCCCUGCAGGAGGGCGGGAGGGGGAGGGGUGCGCCCGCGCCCUGGCGGGGCUCCGCCGCCUCACGUGGGGCGGCGCCAGCCAACUCGCCGAGGAGCUCGGCUGCCGGAUCGCUGCCGACUGCACCGACUCCUGCCCCGUACGUGGGUACGUACGCCACUCGGGACCGUAA